CCAUGAGAAUCCAAAUUAAACAUGAAUGUGUGAUGCGGCUGCAGAUGAAGCAGAUUAAACUAAUUUUGGUAGGUUAACUCGUUUGGGAUCAAAUGGUGGUCAUUUCUUGGGCGUGGAUGAAAGUUUCUCUGUGUCACUUAAGUAACAGAUUAUGAUUUCAACAGAUGGUGCACCAAAUGAUGACUGGCUACAGGAAAUAAACGGACACGCUUUAGCUUUAUCCAGAUGUGUUUGUCGACCGAGGACGUCGGGUGCGCGCGUCUGUAGCGUCAGCGGGUGUUCGGGGAUUCACGUGUCGCCAUGAUUCUGUUUACCGACCAGCCGCAGAGCAAAUCCCACAGUCCUUCGUGUUUGUGGAGAAAGUCAGCGCUGGGACGGAGGGACCGACGGGCAGAAACGCCGCUAGCGUUCGGCUACGUGAGGCACGCGAUCGAUAAACGCUCCAGCUUCAUCCUCAUCAGCCUCGUCUUCCUCUUCUCCUCUAAAGUUCACGGGCGCGUGUGACCUUUGGGCUCUUCCGCAGUUCUUUCGGACGAUUUGACCUUUGCGAGCGCGUGCCUCUGACCUUUGACCUGCCGUUAGCGCGCAGACGCUUCAUUGUGCCACAGCGAACGUGACGGGAAUCGCCGACCCGCCGCUCUCGCUCUGUGCGUCCGUCUUGUUUUCCAGUGUAAACGUCUUAAAUCGAGAUUUAAGAUCGAGUUUUCUGAUAAAAAGUAUCCGAAUGAAGCGAGUUGAUAAAAAACAAGCUGAUUUUUCUGAGCUCACUGACAGAUAUUGUUGCUUUAAUCCAUUUUUCAGGAAGCCAGACUUAAUAUGUGCAGUAAAUGUAUUGGUGUGUAUGUUUAGAUGUUUGUACUGGAAACCAAGACUGUAGAAAAGCCGUUCUUUGCAGGCCGCGUGAAACGUGCGUUUGAGUGAACGAUCUUCGCGUCUCUCUCAGUAAAGCGCGUGUAGCGAGUCCUGCUCUGAACGGAGAAUAAAAGGCAUGAAUCAUUGAUGAAGAGUCCUGCUGUAAUCCGGUACAGUCCGAUAAGAUCAGCGAGCGUCCGUCUGUCUCUCGCGAGACGCCGUCACGAGCUCAAAGCAACACUGACUGAAGUCCUGCUGCGAGUUCAAAUGCAUUCACAGAAUCUGAACAGGAGCGUGUCGAGUGUGUGGCAAGACAAAUGUAUAUGUGUGUGUGUGUGUGUGUGUGUGUGUUUCAGGUCAUGAACUCACUUCACUGUCAUUGAUCAGAAUGUUCCAGACCAGCUGAAGCCUAACUCUCUCUCUCUCUCUCUCAGUUUCCAGUUUCAGUAUAAGCGUGCUUUGAUAGCAUGAUCAGAUCAUACAAAAGGCCAGAUUUAUAAUUGACUGAAGACAGUGAAACAUUAGCGAUGAAAGGGCGAGGACUCUCAGGGUAAGUCCUUGAAAGUUUGUGAAUCUGCAAAAAAAAAAAUUUAAGGCUCUGGAAAGAUUUUGAAAAUAAGCAUACAUAGAUACAGGUCCUCGAAAGUGCCAUGACGUUCCCGUGCGCACGAAACUACUACGAUGGUACCUCAGUGUUUCACAGACACGCCGUGAAGCAUUGCAAAAAUAGGCUGAAAUGUGAUGCCUGGAAAAUGCAAGUUUCAAGAUAUUCGGCUCACCAGAGAAGAUUACAUUACAAAGAAUGGCUUGCCGGAGAUACAGCAGACCAUCGCUUGACCAGGUGCGGAGCUGAAUAUUCCUCAGUUUUAUGUGAAACAGAAAUACAACAAAGAGAGUAUCAGAUCUCUGUCAUACGCCCAAAAACAAAAUAAAAAAAAAACAUGCUUUUUGGCAUAGCUGUUUGACACAUGAAAACCGUAACAAUGUAUCUUACAAGGAAACACGAUGCAACCUUGCUCUCACUUGAAAUGUGUCCCCACAUUAAGUUCUUGAAUUUGAGGGUAUCGGACCUGGAAAGUCCUUGAAAGGUCCUUGAAUUCAACCCUCUGGUUGUGUUCGGAUUCCUGUCACACUUGUCAAAAAUGACUGGACUCCAAACAAUUGCUUAUAAAUUAGUUUUCUUUCAUUUGGGACUGGUUUUGUGUUUCUGUUUGCAUCUGAUUAAUCGUAGGCCUCGUUUAUCUGAGAAUAGGAACCUCGUUUGGAGGGUUAGGGUUAGUGACUUUGACUUUGUGCAAUUUUGUACAAAAUAAAAGCAUUUAAAAAGCAAACUUCCUGAUUAAACAUUAAACCACACUAGUGUGAUAAAGUUCAUAAUUUUUUUUUUAUCUCAUAUUGUGAAAAUUAUUCAUAAAAAAUGAUUUUUUUCAUUUAAAAAAACGAGGAACCUUCUCUCAGAAAAAUGAGGCCUACGAUUAAUCAGAUGCAAACAGAAACACAAAACCAGUCCCAAAUGAAAGAAAACAAGUUGACAAAAAGAUUGAAUCCAAUAUUGGGUUAUAAUAUAGCAUAAUAGGAGAUUUAUAAGCAGUUGUUUGGAGUCGACCAGGAACACCACAAGUGUGAUUAGGUGAAAUAAAACCCACCAAAAAUUACGAAAAUUCAAACAAUUUUCAGAGAAGUUCUUAUAACCCUGUGUGAACAAAGUCAGUAAGUUUGAGUCCAAUGUCAUAACGUUAACUAGUAUUUUCGGGAACCAGAGGGUUAACGAAGGUGUGGGAACCCGACUCGGUUAUUUCUGCGGCUGGUCUUAUUGCACGUGCAUUUGGAGGAGUCUUGCUUUCAGACGCAACGUUUCCGUGAGGAGAGCGCUGAAAUGAAGUAUUUCCUAAGGUUUGUGUUAGUCUAGUCUCUUGGUAUUCUGCGUCGGUCAUUGUGGAAUCUGUCAGUAGAUGAGCAGAACGUUUCGCUCUCACUGUCAUUUGCAAUGUUUAGUAAAUCUGGCCCUGAAAACUGAAGAGUGUAAAAAUAUUUAUUGUGCAUCUGUAAAUCACGAGGACAUGAACACAAUGACACUUUCCUCCGGAUAUUUUCUGUCCGUUCACAAUAUUUCUUUGUGCCUUGAAGUUCAGUUCUGCUCCUCUGCUUUUAGUACCGUUUUAGUGACAUUUUUUCAUUUAGCAUGAACUUUUCUGCAUAAAGCGACUUAAAAUGAGCACAGUCAUAGAGACCGAGGAGGAGUACCGUAGUCUUCCUAAAGCUGAGGUUUGCUCUUUCUUCUUCUGCCGUCUUCGUGCGAGCGGAAGCCCGGUUCCUCCGGUUGAUCCGCCCGAGGCCGCUUUACGGCCCAUCUCUUCUUGGGCUGAAGGUGACUUUGCUCUGAGCUGUGCUCUCUGAGGUCCUGUAGCGCCUGCAGUGCAGUAAAUGCGUUUAAUCCGGGAAUAAGGGAAGAGUGGAAAUGAAACUGAUACAGGAGAACAAAAGCUCGAGUCUCUUUUCCAGCUGCGUGACGCCGUUCCCGCGAGACACCGAGAGCAGCGCCGCUGUUUGCUCGGCGCACGUCUGUAGUUAAGUAGAUCGGGGAAACCGGGCUGCUCGGUAAUUAUGGAACAAAUUAAAAUGAGGAAAUGUAUUUUAGUUGAGCUCUCUCCUCUGAGCGCCACAGAAAGAAAAGAGUCGAUGUGAAAAUACAAUCUGAAAAUGAGAGAGCAAUAUCAAAGCGCUCCCUCGCUCCCUGACGCAAUUACCCGCCAUUCUCCUUCAUUAGUGUUAACUGAUGACACUCCUCCGCCAGCGGCGCCGCGCGACACGUGCGUGACCUCCGACCCCGGAUCACCGUCCGCCGGCACCGGCUCCGACCAACCGAGCGUGUUGCGGGUUUGCAGCAUUUCUGCAGCUCGUGCUUUCAAACGGAAUCAGAGCGUCUGUCAGAAGCAGGAACGUGACGGGGCACAAAACAAUAGGAGACAAAAGAAGCGAGCAGAACACAAAUAUGCGGAAGAAAUCAGGGAGAAACGGAACAGACGCGAGUCACGCCCGGGAAAGUCAGUCGCGCGACGCGCGCGCGUCACGUGCUCCGAGUUCAGGCAGCAGGAAUCAGAAUCGCGCGCUCAGUCUGUAGCGGUCAGUCUGGCGCGCGCGCGCGGUGUGGCCGUCGGUGGGAUGGAAGCGUCGGAGCGGCGGUGAGCGGCAGCGGCUCCG